AUGGCAUCAUUCGUUCGACCAGCUGCCAGGGUUGCUGGCUUUGCGACUGCCGGCACUGCUGUAGGCUACGUGGGUAGCAGAUACUACGACACGACUUUCUUCACAUUGACGCAAGCUCAUGCGGAAUCGAUUCCCUCAGACGCCAAGGCCGCCUUGAAGAAGAUGCCGUGGAAAGGCUUCACCGAACUGAAGCUGGAGAGCAGUGAAAUGGUCAAUCACAACGUCAAGAAACUGACCUUUUCUCUCCCUGACGACGAGUCCAUUACUGGUCUAUCGCCCAUCACUUCACUCCUAACUCAGCACACACCUGAGGGUGCAUGGAUCCCGGUCUUUAGACCCUACACACCGGUCAGUCCCAAUGACGAACCCGGCAGUGUAACAUUCAUGGUCAAGCACUAUCCCAGUGGCAAAGGUUCGACCAAGAUGCAUUCGCUAGUUCCCGGUGACACUAUGAAGUUCAAACCUCUGCAGGAACUCGAGUGGAAACCCAACCAGUACUCUCAUGUCACCAUGAUUGCUGGCGGCUCCGGUAUCACGCCACUCUACCAGCUAACUCGGGCCAUUCUGCGGAACCCCGAGGACAAGACUCGCAUCUCGCUCGUGUACGCGAACAACAGCGAGGAGGACAUUCUGUUGAAGAAAGAGUUUGAUGCACUUGCUCAGAAGCACCCCGAUCGUUUCCAGCGCUUGUACACGGUCAAGAAGACGAGCAGCGAGGGCGAAGGUCUCUACGAGACCGGACAUGUCACCAAGGAGAUGCUGGCCAAGGUCAUGCCCCAUAGGUUGUCCGAGUCUAAUGUUAAGGUCCUGGUCUCCGGGCCUCCAGCCAUGAUCGAGAGCAUCGCGGGAAGCAAAGGUAUGGGCGGCUGGACGCAAGGCAGUGUUGGUGGCAUCCUCAAAGAGCUCGGUUACAGCAGUGAGGAUGUUCACAAAUUUUAG